UUUCCCACAUCAGCACAGCUCUGUGCAGGAGCCGCUGGUCGUUGCUGAGUGUUAGACAUGAGUCCGUGGAGCUGCUGGUGGUCGUGGUGGAGCUGUGUGCUGGGUCUGGCCGUGCUGGGCCGGGCUCUGGAGCUGGAGCAGCUGUUCGGGUUCGGGGAGGAGGCGGGGGACCAGCAGCUGCCGCCCGGCUCCGACUCCAGCGCGGAGAUGCGGCUCAACCAGUCCGCCUCCUUCUUCCAGGAGAGAUGCGACAGCGUUCAUAUUAACACCAAUGGGUUUGUGGCCUUGAGCAAACCUCCAGCUGAGGAGGAAUAUCUGGGGAAUAUGCCGAGCAGCUUCAAAAUGAUCGCAGUUCUGCUGGGGAACCUGUGGAACGGAGACGGACACGGACAGAUCUACUUCAGGCAGGACAGCAGCCCCGGGUCGCUGAGCCGAGCCGCCGAGCACAUCAGACAAGCCUUCCCCGGAGAGGACGGGCCGGAGCCCAGCCACGCUGUCGUCGUUACCUGGGAGAACAUGGCUGCCCAGGGGACGUUUCAGCGAGGGGAUGGAGUCGCCACGAUGAGGAACACCUUCCAGCUGGUGCUAGCCUCCAGCCAGUCCUCCACCUGGGCCAUCCUGCUGUACCCCAGCACCGGCCUGCAGUUCCUCUCCACGUCCGUAGGGGGGGAGAUGAAGCUGCUCCAGGCUGGAUUCAACGAAGGCCUGGUCCCGGGCUGGUUCUGGGGAACCAAACAGGGGACGUACUUCCCAACAACCACUGAUGAAGAGACGUCCGUCAGGGAACUCACUACAAAAACAAACUCAGGACAAGGUGGAGUUUGGGUGUACAAGGUUGGUGCUUCCUCAGGGUUCACUGACAUCGUGCCAGGAGUGGUCCCCAGCUCUCCUGCGGAGGACUCUCAGCUCUACCAAUCCCAGACCACGACGGCCCCUGAAGUCGUAACAGUCGGGGAGGAGCUCCAUACCGAGCUUUCUGAAGAACACAAACCUGCUCACCCAGAGACGGAGACUCUCAAACCAGGAUUUUACCAACUUCCAACUGAAAAGCCGGAUUAUGCAGCACCUGGCGAGUUUGAGCAAGAAUACCCAGAACUGGAGACGGUUACACCAACGUACACCAGCAUCAAUCAGUACCCAGAUGAGUCUGAGUCCAGAUCCCCGGACCAAACUGGGACCAGACAGCCCGUUCUUGAGACUGUGCAACCAACACAAAACAUCCCCGAGUCCACCGAGUCUCCAGUAGCCACCAGGCACCCUGAGCUAGCCCCGGCUGAGCCCCGGUACGUUAACCCUGACCCUGAACCACGGCCCCCACACUCACGCCCCCAGCCCCCCCACGUCGUCGUGGUCAGUGAAGCUGAAGAUCUGGAUGUUGAUGUAUUUUCCUACAAUUUGGAGACAUGCACCAACAACCGGCACAAAUGCUCAGCUUUUGCCGACUGCCGGGAUUACAGGGACGGAUACUGCUGCCACUGUAGGCCUGGUUUCUAUGGCAACGGAAAAGACUGUGCUGCAGAAGGUAAACCCCAGAGGAUGAAUGGAAAGGUGACGGGUCGAGUGUUCGUGGGGAACUCCACGUCACCAGUGGAGCUCCAGAACUAUGAUCUGCAUUCCUACGUGGUGCCUAACGAUGGCCGAGCCUACAUCGCCAUCAGCAGCGUCCCGGUCAGCGUGGGCCCGUCCCUGCAGCUGCUGUCUUCCCUCGGGGGGAUCAUCGGCUGGGCCUUCGCCCUGCAGCAGCCCGGGUACCACAACGGCUUCAGCCGCAUCGGUGGAGAGUUUUCCCGCCAGGCUGAAGUCACGUUCCAGCCUCAUAAUGAGCGGCUGGUCAUCAAGCAGCAGUUUAAAGGAAUCGACGAACACAGCCACCUCCUAAUGAGCACGGAGCUGGACGGACGGCUCCCUGAGAUCCCGCUGGGCUCCUCAGUCCAGAUCAGCCCCUACAAGGAGAUGUACCAGUACGACAGAAACUUGAUCACCUCCUCCUCCAACCGAGGCUUUGACGUGGUCUCCCCCGACGGUGGCGUGCAGAGCAGGAGCUACCAGUGGCGUCAGACCAUCACCUUCCAGAGCUGCCCCCACGAGGAGAACUCCCCGGGGGCCCCGGGGGCCCCGUCAGCCCCGUCCACCCAGCAGCUCAGCGUGGAUCAGAUCUUCGUCAUGUUUGAUACUCAAAACAAUCUCAUCCGCUACGCCAUGAGCAGCAAGAUCGGCUCGGUCCACAGUGAUUUUUCAGAGCAAAAUCCAUGCUUCACCGGCCGACAUGGCUGUGACAUCAACGCCGUGUGCCGACCUGGUGACGGCCUCCAGUUCAACUGUGAUUGUACAGUUGGUUUCACCGGAGAUGGACGCCACUGUUUUGAUGUUGAUGAGUGCCGGGAGACUCCCCAGGUGUGUGGAGCGAAUGCUGCCUGCAGUAAUCAACCCGGAACGUUCCGCUGCGAGUGCAGCGCCGGCUUCACGUUCACCAGCGAUGGAAAGACCUGCGUUGCGGAGAGUCGUGCCGUGGAUCACUGCCAGAGAGGGAGCCACGACUGCGAUGUUCCCGAGAGAGCCAUGUGCCGCUACACCGGGGGCUCGGCCUUCAUGUGCUCGUGUCUGCCAGGAUACGACGGGGACGGCCGCGUGUGCAGGGAUCUGGACGAGUGUCGGCAGGACCGCUGCCACCGCGAGGCCGCCUGUUCCAACACCCAGGGCUCCUACACCUGCCAGUGUCGCCCAGGUUACCAUGGAGACGGCUUCCAGUGCAGCCCCCUGUCCUCGGAGCGUGAGCUGAGCGCGUGUGAGCUGCACAGAGAGAGAUCUCAGGCUCCAGCCUCCUCCGGGCUGGGCGUCUUCUCCUUCUUCCGGCCCCGGCCCGCCGUGACCCAGUACAGUCCUCAGUGUGACGAGCACGGGGCCUACGAGGCCACGCAGUGCCACGCCAGCAUCGGCCAGUGCUGGUGCGUGGACGCCGACGGCCAGGAGAUCCCCAACACGCGCUCCGGCCGGGGCAGCACCCCGCUAUGCAUCAACCAGGCGGUCACUCCCACCCCCCUGGGGCCGACCCCGCGGCCCGACGUGCACCCCGUCGCUCCUGGAACCCGCCUGCUGUUUGCUCAGAGCGGGAGGAUUGAACACGUCCCGCUGGACGGAUACAGCAUGAAGAAGGAGGAGGCCAAACCGCUGCUGCACAUUCCUGACCGGGUGGUGAUCGCAGUGGCCUACGACUGUGUGGACAAGAUGGUUUACUGGACAGACAUCACUGGGCCGGCCAUCAGCAAGGCCAGUCUGGCCGGAGGAGACAUCAUCCCAGUCAUCACUAAAGAGCUCCAGAGCCCUGAAGGCAUCGCCAUCGACGACGUGGCCCGGCUCGUCUUCUGGACCGACUCCAUGCGAGACACGGUAGAAGUGGCCAAGCUGGACGGCAGCCAGCGCCGGGUGCUGUUCGACACCGACCUGGUCAACCCUCGGGCCAUCGUCACCAACUCGGCAUACGGGCGGCUGUACUGGGCAGACUGGAACAGAGACGGGCCCAAAAUCGAGAUGUCCAACAUGGACGGGACGGAGCGGAGUGUUCUGGUCAAAGAUGAUCUGGCGCUUCCCAACGGUCUGACCUUUGACCCCGACAACCAGCAGCUCUGCUGGGCCGACGCAGGGACUCGGAGGGUGGAGUGUCUGGAUCUGCACCGCCAGCGGAGGAGGCAGAUCCUUGAAGGAAUCCAGUAUCCGUUUGGCCUGGUCUCCUUUGGGAAGAACCUCUAUUACACGGACUGGAGGAGGGAGGCCGUGGUGGCUGUGGACCGUCACUCUGAGAAAGAGACGGAGGAGUUCCAGCCGCAGAAACGUUCCCGGCUGUACGGCAUCACCACCACACCCACACAAUGUGCACAAGUUUAUAACUACUGCUCCAACAACGGCGGUUGUUCUCACCUGUGUCUGCCGAGGCUCGGAGGAUUCAGCUGCCAUUGCCCCGACGCCUCCAAUUCCUCCAAUUCCUCCAAUUCCUCCAAUUCCUCCAAUUCCUCCAAUUCCUCCGAUAGCCAGUGUGUGGAGAGGAACCUGUGAGUCUGCACAGCACUGAAAAACCAGACUUUACAGAUGUAUUUGUCAGUGUUUUUUACUUUUCUCACUUGAACAGACCCUUUCUAGGAUCAUUUUAGAAACCUUGUGUGUUUUUUACGGAAGCGUAUUGCAUUCACUUGAAAAAAAAAAAUUGCUCUGUUUUUCUGAAUUAACAAGUUAAUUAUGUCAGAAUUCCAGCAGAUCAGAAUGGGCUUUCCGUCUGAACAACCGCAAAGUCGACAAACUAAUAACGAAACCAUCUAUAUAACUUCUAUAUAACUACUAUAACUAUAUAACAAUAUUUCAAACCAGAAGCAAAAUAAAACUGGAUUAAACUGGACAGGAAUAUGUUUGCUUCCAUGAAAUCCAGCUCUGAGUUAAAGGAGCAUGAGGCUCCUUUUAAGAAAUUAGACUCUCUAGCGCCACCCUGCACCACGACGGCCGUCGGGGGUACUGCAGCCAACAGUGAAGCCGGCACGGGAGAACGGGGAGAACGUGCAUGCAGCGUCAUGUGACGUCACAUCCGCAGCCCAGCGCGGGAAAUUCAGGACCGAAUUGCAGCACAUUUUGCAGCACACAGCCUGUUCAAGGCAAAGGAGAGAUACACUAGAGGAAUCAUUCUUUUUGGUUUGGAACGCUUCAUCUGACAUUAUUACUAGAAAACUUAAAACGUAUAUGCAUUUCAUAAAUCCUGCCUCAAUCCUGCCUCAUGCUCCUUUAAUGAAAGUUUCUUGCAAGAUGUGAGGAAUCUGGUUAAUUCAGAAAAACAGAGCAGAUUUAUUUAUUUUUUUCAUUAAAACUUUUCCCGGAAUUCUGAGAUAAUUAUCUUAUUAAUUCAGAAAAAUAGAGCAGAUUUUUUUUUAUUAAAAUUUUAUCUCGUUAAUUCAGAAAAACAGAGCAGAUUUUUUUUUUUUAAUUAAAACUUUUCUCGGAAUUCUGAGAUAAUUAACUUGUUAAUUCAGAAAAAGAGCAGAUUUUUUUUUUUAAUUAAAACUUUUCUCGGAAUUCUGAGAUAAUUAACUUGUUAAUUCAGAAAAAGAGCAGAUUUUUUUUUUCUCAAGUGAAUGCAAUACGUUUCCGUAGUUUUUAGCCUUUGCCGGCUGUUCAAACUUGGGUGACUGUAUUUAUGAUGUCGUACGUCAGUAAGGUCGGCCACUUCCUGUCCUGCUACUGGUCACUUCACAUUUAGUUUAUUCAUCUGUUUGUAACUUUGACUUCUGCUUUAAGAGUCAGAGAUAAUUAACAAAAGUGCUGAUCUGUUUCUGUAUAAGUGACGACGUGAACGGUUACUAAACCACUAAAUUCAGGCUGUGUUUUAAAUAUUCUUAAGACUUUUCUAAAUGACUUUUUCCUUACCGAUGUGCUCUUAACGUUAGAUGCGAGAAACAAUCAAACAUAAUUGUAGCGAUGUUUGCUGUGAACCAAGGGCUUGAAAAAGUUUUAAAUGAUGUUUUAAAAAUGUCGUGGACUUUGUGUUUUUUCUUUUUUAGGAUAGAAAUACUUUCAGUUCACUUUUGUACUGAUAAAACCUCUUCUAACGUUUCCUGUCCAGAUGUCUGAUCUGAUUCACAUUUCACCAGAUACGGUUUAAAGUUGCUGUAAUGACCAAAGACUGUCCUGACUGAUCAAUAUCAGGAUAAAAAUAACGAUAAACCAUCCCAAGGAAGGAAGUUAUUAGUUGUAAAUAACACGUAAACUAGCUUGGAUGUGAACUCUUCAGGUGAAUCUUUAACAUCACCGAUUCAUUAUGUUUUAAAGUGUAUUUUUAAUGUCACUUUGUAAAUAAUUUCCUUAUAUACAGAUGAUAUUCAGUGUUUAUUUCUUGUGCUGUUGCCAAUCUGAGUCUAUGAUGAUGAUGAUGAUGAUGAUGAUGAUGAUUACUGUGAAAGUGUGAGCACACUGUGCCAAGGCACCAUGUUUAUAACCAAUCAGAUUAAAUUAGGACAUUGUUCAGCUUCAUUGUUCAUUUUUAGUCAAGCUUUCAAGCUCUCACUUUUGUACUUAAGAGCUUGUAAAUGAAAUGAAAACUGGACUUCAAAGUGCCUAAUUUCAUUGUUGAAUCUUCAUUUCAUUUAGAGAUUGUCAGCCAGAAAUAAGCCAUAUAAAACAUUAUAACCUGCCACGACUAACAAUAUAAGACUAAUAUUUGUGGCUCAGCAAAUUACGAUUUUUUUUUUCAGUUCCUUUUUCAUGUAAGUAACCCGAUCCUCAGAUUCAAGAUGAUCAAGGAGAUUUUAAGAUUUUUAUUUUGACAUUUUUUUAGAUGAAAUAUGAAGUUUGGUUGUAAUUGGGUCAUCAGUGAAAGGAUGAAAUGUUUACUAUUUUAGUAACAGGUUUCAUAACCGCCAAACUCGCCUCAGGUUCUUGUUUUUUUUUUGUUUUUUUUUUAUAUCCAUGAACUCAUCAGUCUUGGUCAAAAAGCGAGUGAACCGAGUAAUCACUCUUUUCAAAUAAACUCUUCAGAAACAACAGCUGUUUACUGUCCAGUGUGUGUUGUUGUUUGUUGGCUGGUCAUUCCUGCUCUCAGAACAGGAUUCAGUCAAAGAUGGGGCAUUAAAAAACUACAACCUCAAUAAAACAUGAAUGAAAACAA